UCUCCGAACUUUCGCCGGCCUGUCAAAGUGAAUAUGGGGUCAGACACUGGAGACGACGCUUAUAGCGAUAUACAUCUACGUGCUUUGAAUUGCGAAGUCAAUCCUCUGACGAGAUCGGAUGGUUCAGCAAUGCUCACCCAAGGGGAAACAGCAGUAAUAGCUUCAGUAUAUGGACCGGUGGAGGUCAAAACGCAGAAUUUACAAAUCGAAAACGCAACAUUGGAUGUGUGCUACAGGCCAAAAACGGGGCUUCCAACGAUAACGGAUCGGAGUCGGGAGAAUGUUAUAAAAAGGAUCUGCGAAACGGCUAUCCUGACUGCACUGCAUCCCAGGACCUCAAUUGUUGUGGUCAUACAAGAAUUGGAAAAUAGAAGUGGGUUGGAGGCGUGUGCCGUGAACGCAGUUUGUUUGGCAUUGCUCAACGGUGGAAUUGCGAUGAAGUUUACUGUUGCUGGCGUCCACAGUAUAUUGAAAGAGAACGAUGAAAUUGUCCUGGAUCCUGAUAGCAAGGAAAGCAUCAACGCCUUGGCACAUUUUACUUUCGUUUUCGAUAGUUUGCAAAGGAAUGUGGUAGCGGUGAACACACAAGGAAAGUUCAAUAUGGCGCAAUAUAAUGAUGCGCUUACAAUUUGUAGGGCUGCUAGCGGAAAGAUUUUCGAGUUUUAUAGGGAAAUUAUAUCAAAACGUCCUGUGUAGCAAUAAAUUGCGUUUGUUUAC